GCUCCCUGUGCCUCAGGGCUGUACGUGGUGCCACUCUGAGCAGAGCCGUGUGUCUGCGCACACUCCUUCAGAUCCAGAGCAGAGAACAGCUUCCACACCGGAGUGUUACUGCCUGACGGUACAAACUACCACAAGGAUAAACAGUGAGGACACUGAACGACUUUGACACGGCGGUCGAGUGGUCUCAGAUUUGAAAAGAUUUCCUAAGUUUGUUCAGGGAACAUCGGACAAUGACGACAAAACAACAGGAGCCCGUGGACCGGUUCAGGAUGGUCUGGCUGAUCUUCUUCACCCUGGGGCUCGGCACCUUGUUACCCUGGAACUUCUUCAUGACAGCGAUUACGUAUUUUAAGUUCCAGCUGCAGGAUGUGAAUGUGACCAUGGAGCGUUCCGGUCUGAAUGGAACCGAAGGUGUGAUCCAGGAGAACUACCUGCAGGGAAUGUUUGGCAAUAUGAUGACGCUGUGUGCCAUGCUGCCGCUGUUGGUGUUCAGCUGCCUCAACUCCAUCCUCCUCCAACGGAUCCCAGAGGUGGUCCGGAUCUGUGGAUGUCUUGCUGCUAUCUUCAUCCUGUUUCUCUUCACCUCUAUCCUGGUGAAAGUCUCCCUGGAACCCAUUGUCUUCUUCGCUGUCACCAUGCUAACGAUCUUCCUUAUCAACAGUUUCGGAGCUGUCCUGCAGGGCAGUAUCUUCGGCCUGGCGGGGUUACUGCCUGCUUUAUACACUGCUCCCAUCAUGAGUGGUCAGGGAAUGGCAGGAACCUUUGCAGCAGUGGCCAUGAUCUGCGCCAUCGCAAGCGGCUCCUCACCGACUGAAAGUGCCUUUGGGUACUUUAACACGGCCUGUGUGGUGAUCCUGCUCGCGAUUCUGGCCUACCUCGCCCUCCCCCAUUUGGAGUUCUCUCGAUAUUACUUCAGUAAAGGGAAAACCGAAUGGAAGAAGGGCCUGGAGAGAGAGGAGGAGAGGGUCUGUAAGAUGGACCUGAUCAAGCAAGACCCAUCUCACGUAUCUGAAAGGAGGGCAUCUGCACAGUUAAUGGAAAGCGCCAGCACAGAAACUCCGAGAAACGUCUCAGUCUUCACCAUCUUGAGGAAGAUCUGGCCAAUGGCCUUGAUGGUGUGUUUGGUGUUUACUGUCACCAUUGGAGUAUUCCCAGCAGUAACCGUCGAUGUGAAAUCUAACAUCUCCGCUGACGGCACGUGGGGAACUUACUUCAUCCCGAUCUGCUGCUUUUUGCUGUUCAAUGUGUUUGACUGGAUAGGCCGCAGCCUGACAGCUGUCUGCAUGUGGCCUCGGAAGGACAGCAAGUUCCUGCCGGUGUUGGUACUUGCUCGGAUCAUCUUCAUCCCUGUCUUCAUGCUGUGUAAUGUGCAUCCCCGCCGGAUGCCCGUCUUCUUCACUCACGACGCCUGGUAUAUUGUCUUCAUGAUGUUCUUUGCCUUCUCCAAUGGUUACCUGGCCAGCCUCUGCAUGUGCUACGGACCCAAGAAUGUGUUUGCGACUGAAGCAGAGACAGCGGGAGCCAUCAUGGCCUUCUUCCUGUCCCUGGGCCUGGCAACUGGAGCCUGUCUGUCUUUUCUGUUCCGUGGCCUGGUCUGAGAGAGAUCCUCAGGAGACCUGAGGGUGGACUGUGGGAAUUUGAGUUCGACACGAUCAGAUCCUAUUGUUUACUGUGUUUUUACCCAUUUUUAUAUCAGUUUUAAUCAGCUGCCUUCUCAUUGUGUGUACCUGUGAUUGGAAGCCGCAGUUGUGUGCUGGAGAGAGUGAGGGUAGGCACUCACCUCCCUCCCACUUCUCUCUCUCUCUCUCACCUGACUCAAUGCCCACCGCCCUCGCUACACCAUUGACUCUCUGCCAAUCUAUCCCUCCCAUUUCCCCUUCUAGCUCACUCCCCACUUAUCACUAACAGACAGUUCCUCACAGAGAGCUGUCUGAUGCCUUUCUCUACUCCAUUUCUCCCCCCCCCGACCUUGAUUCCUGCCUCCCCCCACCUCCUGCCAACUCUCCUCAAUACACAGACUUGGUCUGAGCAGCAACUUGAAAUAUCAGGGGUUAUAUCGGGAGGGUGGGGGAAUGAGGGCAGCGAAGGAGUUGAGAGAGUUGGGGAGGGGGUAGGGAUGGAGUCUGGGGACGUUACUGAGUCCCCUUAAUUUGCCAGAGAAAAGCACCAAGCUAAACUUCAGGGGGAGGGGAUUUCCAGCCCUUCAACUGAAUGUGAUGUCUGGCCUCAAUGUCCCAGAGCGCAGGGCAGCUCCACUGGAUUUUUGUUCUGGGAUGGCCAAGAGGGAGCACAUCUUUCCCAUCCUUAAUUGCCCUUGCAGAGGGGCAAGAUGCACGGGCAGGCUGUUGCAGGCCAGUGACAAUGGGAUACCCUCCCGCCUGAUCUGGGUAAGCACUCCCAGCUCCCACUACCUGGGCGCAGCCCAAAGCACAGACCAUCCCUCCAGACACUGUAUUCACCAGUAAGCCCCAUCACAGGUCAGGGCUCCCAAACUGGACUGACCUUACUCAGAGUAACUGUGCAGAUUGCUGGAGAAACCCCAGCAUCCAUGCAGAGAGAGAAACAGUCAACGUUUUGGGUCCGGUCUGGCCCUUUCUGCACAGACACUGCCAGACCCACUCAGCUUUCCUGGAUCUCCCUGUUUUUAUUUCAGAUCUCCAAGAUCUGCAGUAUUUUGCAUCUAUUUUAACAUUUGUUAGUCCCUUCGCAGCAAGGGGGAGGGGGGAUGGCAGGGGCUGAUGUCAACUUUCACAGUAUUAAACUAUUAUAAUCCAAGUGUUUCAACAAAUAGGAGCCUUAGGCAAUAUAGACAGAUCUGUCAGAGGACAGAAUAUCAGCAAUAACUCUCUCAAAUUGUUUUAAUAAACUAUUUUUAUGUGCUCUAUAUAUAUAUAUAUAUCUGUAAAACUAAAUACAGUAUGCAAUCUAAUCCCUGUAAGGAACCACUAUAUAAGUUAGCCACAUGAAUGGCACAUCAACUGACCCAAAAAGUACAGGGAACACACCUGCAAGUUAGGGGGCAGAGAUCGAAAAUAAAUCACAAUAUGUUGAAUAAGUGUAUGAGAUGGAACUUUGCAGAUCCCUAAACCGGCCAUGAAAAUGGUGGCAUCUCAAGGUCUAGUUGCAAUAACUGCUAAACAUGUUACUAACUCCAACCAGGAAGCAAACGAGGACACAGACUGCUUGGAGGUCGUGGGUUAAAAGGGCUGAGGUAAUGUCUUGUUGCCUUUCAGAAAGGCCGAAGCUGAAACAAAUGAGACAGGAAUUUGAAACAGUCAGGUUCCGUGGACCGUGGAAGUUCAACCAGUUGUGGGGCUCGUGACGUACUGGUGACACCUGCCGGGAGUCAGAUGGCCAAUGGACUGAGAGCCAGAGGUGGUACUGACCUCCCAGAACCCCCUGAUCAUGCAGGCUACAGGAACCCACCGGGGGGGGAAGAGGGCAACAUCUCCAGAAGGCUAGCUCAGGCGGAGGUAGCUACGCCCUGCUACUUGGAGACUGCAUUCAGGGGGGACUGAUUGUUCUUUUCCCCUGAGUCUCAGCCAAUCCAAAUAACCAGCCUGCUGGAAUACAUGAGUGUGAUGUGUGUAGGCUUAGACUGAGGAGGCAUGAAAUAAACUUGCUUGUGUGAAUGAA